AUGUAAUAUGAUCGUUCACUUUUGACUGUCGAUAUUCAAGGUGCUUAACCUAAAUCUAGAAAUGCUUAUAUGAAUCGAUUGUUACCAAAUUAAAUGAGAUUUGAAGAGCAAAUUAGAGUUUAGUAAUGAAUAUAAAGUCAUGAAAGACAAUAAAAUCCGAAAUAAGAUUAUAAAUUUGGAAGAAGAAGAUAUUAACAUGAUUUUCAUCAUUUUUGCAAUAUAUGUAUUCCUUAAGGAGAGGAACAUUUUGAAAAAUCAAAUAAGAAACACUUUGUAAUUCCUGAAGGUGAGAUUAAAUAAUAUAGAGCUUUAGAGAAUUAUUAUGAUUAACCUAAGUAUUAAAUAGUUAUUGAUAAAGAUAAAUUGAGAUAGAUAGAUUGUUAUGUACAAAUGAUAUAGAUGGAGCAGUUCCAGGUUCUUUGUAGAGUAAGGCUGUACGUAAUUAAGAGAUGGCUUAGAAAUUGAGAAUAUAGAGAGAAGAAUAAAGAAUUUAAAAGAAAAGAGCUUUAUAUUAAUCAUAAUUAAAUUAAAGUUAUGAUUAAUAAGAGGAUUCUCCAUAACCUUAAAGAAAAAAAUCAUACUCAGUUCAAAUAUCUCCUGUUUAAUAAUAAGAAUAAAAGACUUAAGCUUAUGAAUAUCUGAAUAAACCUUUAAAACUACCUCCAAUAAGUGAUAGAAUAACAACAUUCACAAAUCCAACAAGCAGCAAGAUUUAACUGAAAUAGAAUCAUCUUAGAGUUUUAGAUUAGGAUAAUACAUGGCAAUAAAUAUAAAAGUAACCAGCAUUGAGAUUAUUUCUUUGA